UACGAGGAUAAUCAAUCAAAUUAAUACGGUGAUGCUGAUUAUGUUUAUGUAGCUGAAAAGGAACCGAAGGAAUAACUAAUAAGAGGGCUUUUGUGGUAAAACUUGUAACGUCGGUGGUUGAGUUUAGAUCAGGUCAGAUCAGAUCGGAGCAGAGUGUCCCUCCGCCAUGUACAGCGGCUCCAGCGACGGCGAAGCCCAUGAUCCCCCUCAGAGGAAAAUCCCUCCCGCUUCCUCCAUGUUAUGGGUCCGUAACCUUCGCCGUUUCAUCGGAUCCGGUGCCGGCCUCGGAUCCGAAGCCUUGAUGGAGCUUGAAACGAAGAGGAUUUUGCUCGACAUUUUCAAAGAAAAGCAGAAGAAAAGCGCGGAAGCUGGUACGAUUCCAAGUUUCUACAAGAAGAAACCCGAAGAAGGAUCAAUCAGUCAUAGAGUACAGCGAUUGGCAAAGUACAGGUUUCUGAAGAAACAAUCAGAUCUUUUACUGAAUGCUGAUGAUUUGGAUGCAAUGUGGGUUUGCUUAAGAGAAAAUUGUGUAAUAGACGAUGCUACUGGUGCUGAGAAGAUGAAUUAUGAAGACUUUUGCCACAUAGCCUCUGUAUGUACAGAACAAAUUGGUCCAAAAUGCCGACGCUUUUUUAGCCCUUCAAACUUCAUGAAGUUUGAGAAGGAUGAACAAGGAAGAAUUGCCAUUUUACCCUUUUACCUUUAUGUGAUGCGUACAGUUUCACUUACACAGGCAAGAAUAGAUAUGAGUGAACUCGAUGAGGACUCUGAUGGUUUCCUUCAGCCACAUGAAAUGGAGGCAUAUAUACGAGGUCUUAUCCCCAACUUGGCACAAUUACGUGAUAUGCCAGAAGCCUUUGUUCAAAUGUAUUGUCGUAUUGCUGCACACAAGUUUUUCUUCUUUUGUGAUCCUCAUAGACGAGGAAAAGCUUGCAUCAAGAAAGUGUUGCUUAGUAAUUGUCUCCAAGAACUAAUGGAGCUUCACCAGGAAAGUGAAGAAGAAGUCACAGACACAGAACAAGCUGAAAACUGGUUCUCUUUGACUUCUGCUCAACGUAUUUGUGACAUGUUUCUUGCCCUUGAUAAAGAUGCAAGUGGGUCAUUGAGCAAGCAGGAGCUUCGAGAAUAUGCAGAUGGGACUCUGACAGAGAUUUUUAUCGAGAGAGUAUUCGAUGAACAUGUUCGCCGAGGAAAGGGUGGUAGUGGAAAUGCUCGGGAGAUGAGUUUUGAGAGUUUCUUGGACUUUGUUCUGGCUUUAGAAAACAAAGACACUCCAGAGGGGUUGACAUACUUAUUCCGGUGUCUUGAUCUUCAAGGAAGGGGAUACCUAACUACAGCUGAUAUUCACUCCCUUUUCAGGGAUGUGCACCAUAAAUGGAUUGAGGGUGGCAACUACGAACUUUGCAUCGAAGAUGUGAGGGAUGAAGUGUGGGAUAUGGUUAAGCCGGCAGAUCCCCUUAAGAUUACAUUGGCUGAUCUACUGGCCUGCAAACAGGGCGGAACCGUGGCCAGCAUGCUCAUCGAUGUGCGCGGUUUCUGGGCUCACGACAACAGAGAAAAUCUACUUCAGGAAGAAGAAGAGCCAGAGGAGGAAUAACCCAUUGUUCAUCAUGGCACUUGCUAACAGAAUAUUGCUCGUCUUAAUGCCCAUUCAACUUAGAAUUCUCACAGGAUGUAACCAAUGCUCGUGUUUUGAGUCAUUAGAUGUGUAUUAGUUUUGCUUCAUCUGCAUGUUGUGUUAUCUGUAAAACGUUAAAAGUAGUGUAUCUAGCCGCGUGUAGUUCGAACUUUUCCUUUAGCUAAAUGCUUGAUAUGAUUAUAUGUUAAUAAUGGGCCCGCAUGAUUAGAA